CAAUCUAUUUGUGGUGCAUCAAUUUUUGAAAAUGUGUUAAAUCUUUUAAAUAAAUAUAGUAUACCUACUUAAAUUAUAUUUGCAUAAGGCAAAUAUUGAUAUUGCUGACGCUAUGAAUCCCAUGAUACAAUCUAAUUUUGAUUGCAAACUACGAACAAGUAAACAAUGCUGAGACAAACCUGGGAAUCUAUAACUGGAAGAGAAAGUGUCUCAAAUAAUAAAUAACGGGUCGAUAUGAAUAUGUCUGUCUCGGAUUUAUCUGUAGGAUGUCGAUUUGCAGAUUAUUUUAUAAUAUGUGGCCUCGACUUUGAUUCAGGACUAGAAGCAGAUAGGCUCAGUGGUGAUAACUUACACGUAUCGCCCCUUGACCGUUCGUAUAAAGGAAAGGUUUUAGCUCACUAUCCAGAUAAUGUUCAUAGCAAUCCAUUUGAUGAGCAUGCAGUUUGUAUGUUAUGUCUCCCAGCUGGUCUUCAAUUUAAAACUCAAAAGCAUCCAUUGGAGCCAAAGUUUCACAGUUUCGUAGUAACUAGAGAAAAUGCAUCUAGAUAUUAUGGAUACAGUCUUAUAUUUUAUGAAGAAGUUAGAAACAGAAACAUUUGCAGUGCUAUGCACACAUUGCAGGCAAUGUACAUCACUGAACUUUCCAGUGGACAAACUCCCCCUGGGCACAGGAAGGGAUCAGGAAAAGAGAGCUCCCGCUCAUUACCAAGAUCCUUUAAAUUAGCUCCACACACUGGUGCAGCCCUCACUUAUUAUGAUAUAACCAAAGAUAAACUCUAUGUAGCCAAAAGUAUAGCACUUAUAUGCCAAUACCCUUAUGUCAGGGUAGCACAAUUAUUCUUAGAAAAUUUAUUUAGGUCAUUACCCAGACAACCUGGUCCAGGACUUAGUCCAGAAUCCUAUGUCUACAAUCUUUUAUAUGAAGUACCAGUGCCAUUGCCCGGCCAGGCCUUACGUCUUUAUGUACCACCAUCUGAACCACAUCUUGAUCCUAUCCCAGUUGUGAUAAGAAUGCCAAAUCCUCCCGAGGAGUUACCUCUGUUAGAUUAUCCUCUACGUGUGAUGUUUACUACUUUAGGUGUUGAAUGUGUAGUCCAAUUGUUUACUUGUGUGCUAUUAGAACAUCAGGUUCUACUGCGAUCUAGUGAUUUCAACAAACUUAUGUUAGUUGCGGAAUGCAUAGUGUCGCUUCUGCUACCGUUUUCGUGGGCACACGUGUAUGUGCCCAUCUUGCCGUCACCACUAUAUCACUUCUUGGAUGCUCCUGUCCCGUUUGUUAUGGGUCUUCACGCCGACAGCGUAGCCAUUACCAUCGGAAGCAACGGUCCAAGGAAUAUCGCUUUAGUAUCUGAAGCUGCUCUAUGCCUUGUCGACAUUGACAAGCCUGACAUACAACUUCCUGAAGAACUGCCAAUAUUGCCACAUAGGACACCUUUCAUUGAAGAACUCAAUCAUGUUUUAGACAAGCAUCAGAUACAAAGGCCGGAGACCGAGCCAACGAAACUAGGGGCAUUAAACGGAUCUUCAUACAAACAUAAUAUUAAUGAUGGAAUGAGCAGCAGCUGUACUUUACCUUCAGGCGGUCUCCGUCGCAAGCAUUCGUUCCAUGACGUGUUGGAGUGGGACGAGAGUAGGCCGCUCAACGCGUCGCCGCCCGGCUCGCCGCGCCGCGCGCCGCGCCGUCUCGACGCGCUGCAACGCAUCGUGGACAUUGUCAAACGCACAGGUGUGAACAUAGACGAUGUAGAUGCUGAUACAGUGAUGCCAACAGCAAAAAAGAAAGUGCUUAACGAUGAAGAACAAUACAAUGAAGACAUACGCUUCAAUAUUGCCAUAAGAGAAACUUUCCUCAACAGAUUUGUUCACAUGUUCCUGAUGUACGAAAACUUCGUCAUUAUGCCAGAUCAGGACCGUGACUCUUGGCUAUCGGCGCGUGAAUCAAUGGUGAACUUCGACAAAGCGUCCUUUCUGUCGGACCAGCCACAGCGACACAGACCGUUUCUGUCGCGCUUCCUCGAAACGCAGAUGUUCGCAACGCUCGUAGACAACAAGAUAAUGGCCAACUGGGGCGAGUAUGACGCUAACCUGCAAGUCUUCGAACAUAGGAUAAGAGCAGUGCGGGGCCGGCUGGGCGAGGGCGGGCUGGCGACGCGCGGGUACAGCGUGUGGGCGGGCGGCGCGGGCGCGGCGGGUGCGUGGGCCUGUGAGGUGGAGGUGGGCGCGCCGGGUGAGCGCCUGCCGCACCGCGCCGCCUACUACCGCGCCUUCCCCGCGCGCCUCGAUGCGGCUGCGCUCGCGCCCCCGCCCGUCGAGGACCGCAGAACUAACAGCUUGAAGCGUAUAAAGAACGCGAAGUGGCAAGUGAAAGAUUGCCCGCCGGAGUUGUUGCUUGGCGAUAUCGGUAGGCGGCUGUCCACCGAGGUCACGCCCGCUGCGAUCGCUCAGAAUAACAGGACCUUCGUCGAGAAACUAUUGAAGGAAUGCAAAAGCAAAACCAAGAGAAUGCUCCUUGAGAAAAUGGGAACAGAAGAGAACGACUUAGGUUUAGGCAGCGAAGUGUCCAUAACGGGAGUGGAAGAAAGCACCAUGAUAGCGUCACUGUGUGAUCUGUUGGAACGUCUGUGGUCGCAUGGCCUUCAGCAUAAGAUGGGCAAGUCUGCCCUUUGGAUGCAUCUCACGAAUUACCAAGAGCUGGAGCAGUGCAGCAACUCGACCAAGCCUAUCGACCCUAACUAUCUUACGCCUGCUCUGGCUUGGUGUGUUUUACGUAAACGUUUGGACUAUUUAUCAUCCGUGGGUGCUGAAGUCGAAAGCCAGCAAAGCACCAGCACAAAUAGAUCCCGAGAUAGUUCUCGAGGGGGAUCCCGAGACAGUUCCCGCGACCGUCUCAGUAAUUCCAGCACUUUGGAGCGUAAGUCACAACCACCGAACCCACUGCGGCCUUUACCAGAAAACCUUACAUUUGACAUGAGGAAUGUCCAAGCAAUGACUGAUAUAAAAACGGAAAUUGGUUAUGCCCGUGCAUGGGUGAGGCUGUCGCUAGAAAAGAAGCUACUGUCGAAACAUCUCAGAGAACUGUUGUCAGAUACAACAUUACUACGAUCUCAGUACAAAAGAACGGCUUUUUUGCGAUGCGAAGAAGAGAGGGAGCAAUUUCUAUAUCAUCUGUUGACAUUGAAUGCUGUAGACUAUUAUUGCUUUACCAACACAUAUCCAACAACAAAGUUGCCAUAUCGCGUAUUAAUUGUGCCCUCUCGGAAAGCGAGUCAAACUACUGCCAACUGCUGGCUUUCAAUUUCGGGAGCAAACGGCGAAUCUACUCCGAAGAUACCCAUUCCAAGGAACACCAAUGAGUUUGUAUUUCAUCACAAAAAUUUGGGAGUAGUUUCGACUUUGCGUAUUGGACAUGACAAUUCCGGCUUGUCUCCGCGAUGGCUUCUGGACCAAGUGUACGUCCGAAACGAGGUCACAGGACAUACUUAUACAUUCCCAUGCAACCGAUGGCUUGGCACGGGUGUGGACGACGGCUCGACGGAGCGCGUGGUGGUGGCGGCGCGCACGCGCGACCGCUCCCCGCGCACCCCCGCGCCUGCGCAGCAUGCUCUGUCGCCCACCACGCACCUCUCCACCUCCACCAUACAGCACAUGAUAGGUGAUUGCGUCAACGCAAUAGUUAAGUGGCAUUACCAAUCGAAACGGGAAAAAGAUGCGAAUUCUUUGAGUGUGUUACUAUGCGGCGAAAACGGCUUGGUAAAGUGCUUGGAGCAAGCGUUCUUAUGCGGUUUCAAGUCCGCUCGCUUAUUUGGGAAGAAUCUGUUCAUUUGGGACUAUUUUGCAAGAGUGAAGGAUGAGUUCAAAAUGAGUCUAUGUGACGAAUCAACCACACAAUCGAACAAGAGUUGUGGAGUAGCGUACAACUGCAGACAAGACCAGGAGCACAGAGCCAUAUGGAGGUGCUACUGCCAUCUCAUGGAUGAGAUCAGCUCUGUAGGCCGAUCGCUAGGCAAGGACGGGAAGUUCCAACUCUUCAUUUGCCUCAGUCUCAGAGAGCAUUGGCUUCACAGAAUGCUUGUGCCAAUGUCCAUGACACGCGUCACCAUCGAGAUGUAUGAAGAGCAGAGUUUCCUGCGCAAGCGCGGCCUGCUCACCUUCCUCAGACAAAUACUCGAACCGUUGGAUGAAUUUGAUAUAGUUUUAGAGAAUUCUCUCACUCAAGGCAUUUAAUUCAUUUCAGUCAGAUAUUUAUUUUAUAUUUUCGUAUUUCAGGAUAUUAUAAUAAUUAUUAUUAUUCGUGGUUUCCAUCACAGUUAGCCGAUAGAUUUUAUGCCUUUUAUAGUCCAAUAUAAAGAUAAUAAAAUCAUUUACAUAUGUAAUAUUUUUGAGUAGAAAAAGAUUAUAAUUAGUAAAUAAGAGGAACUAAAAUACUCAUAAAAUUUAAAUUAUUACCUACCUUAAGAGAUUAUUUUCCAGUCUUAUGAAUUUAUUAUUUGUUAAUAAUGAUUUUUUGAGGGUCUGUUGUUAGUUUUAAGUUUGUGAUUGUUAUGUUUUUUACUUGCCAGUUUAUUCCAAAGAUUGUUAAUGAAAUAACGCACAUUUCUUUUGUAAGUUUACUCAAAAAUGUGUACCUAGGUAUGUAAGAUUUUUUUUUACUUUAUUUAUAGCUUAUGUUUUUCGAGUAAGCUCUUCAUGACUAAAAUUAUGGGGCUGCCAUAAUUUUAUUGCAAAAUAUACAAGAAAAACGCAGACUCCAUUAGUAAAUGUAUCGCAACAAUUAUAGAUUAUAUUUUUGCUCGCCAGGCGUUGUAGAUUCUAGAUUUUACUAUAGUAAAUAUUUAGCACAGUUCAAUUAUUAAGUCAAUAACAAUAUUUAUAACGAGUAUCUCUGUGAUACUAAAUCACUACAGCUCUCUGUUUUUUCUCCCUCGAAAAUUCGCAUCUAUUUUUUAAAAUUUAUUAUUUCAGCCGUAAAUUGGCAUCUUUAAAAGUUCUGCUAAUCUUUACUGCAGGGAACAAGUACAUACGAAAAAGAUAGCACUACUUAAUACUGACAUAUCACAUAAGUUCAGUCAAGAGAUUUGAGGGCAACCGACUUAACAUCAUUAUUUAUGUUUAAAUGUAAACUGGAAAUACACUAGCGUGUCGUGUUGUGUUGUGACGCGCCAGAAGAAUUUCUGUUUGAUAUAUUAAGUUGUAGUUAGAGAGAGACAAAAGGCGGGGCAACAUGUCAUUCAACCAUAAUGUGUGUCAGUCGCCAUUUUAAUUUUGUGUCAAUUGUCAUGUCAAAAGUACGU